UCGACGGUAUCGUCGCGCCAAUAUGGCCGCACGGCAUCGGCUGUUCGCAACGACGCGACUGUGAGUGCGGGCUGUCUGGGGGGGUGCCCAUCGAGGCAGGUCCAGGGAAACAAUGUCGGACUACCUGAGGUCCGCGUUCGGGUACCUGAACGGCGGCACCGGCGGCAACGAGUACGUCGGCCAAACAUUGGACAUCAACAAUGUGAAGCUGAGGGUGACGCGGCUGAUUGCCGAGGGUGGAUGGGCAUUGGUGUUUGCGGUAGAAGAUGUUGCUACAGGAAAAGAAUAUGCACUUAAGAGACUUAUCGCCGUCGAUGAAGAUGCAAACAGAACUGUCAUACAAGAAAUAGACACGUUGAAGAGACUAUCGGGUCAUCCAAAUAUUAUUCAAUUCUUGUAUGCCCAACGAUUGGAGCGAGAGGAUCGUAAAGGAUAUGAGUAUCUGGUUGUCACGGAGCUAUGUCCCGGCGGUACGGUAGCGGAUAUACUCAGGAAUGUGUCUGCGAACACAUUAACUCUCGCCCAAGUGUGCAAGAUAGCGUAUCAAGCAACACGUGCGGUGCAUCACAUGCACAGUCAGCAACCAGAACCCUUUGUGCAUCGGGAUAUCAAGUUGGAGAAUUUUCUGAUUGGUAGAGAUGGCCUCGUGAAACUUUGUGACUUUGGCAGCGCCUCGACUCAGCAGAUACUACCGGACCCAUCAUGGAAUGCUCAAAAACGUGCCACUCUGGAGGACCAGUUGGCCAAGUACACAACCCCCAUGUACCGUGCUCCGGAAAUAAUGGAUACGUGGAACAAUGAACCUAUAGGGCCUCCAGUGGACUGUUGGGCUUUAGGAUGUAUCUUGUACUCUUUGAUUACGUUGCGACAUCCUUUCCCUGAAGGUAACAAAUUGGCAAUCGUGAAUGGCAAGUAUCCACCACUUCCACCCAAUCCACGAUACGCGUGUCUACAUGACUUAGUGAAAGGAUGCCUGCAAAUCUCACCUAUACAAAGGCUAACAACGGCGCAGCUUCUGGAACGUUUAGCGGCGAUUGCCGAAUCGAACGACUUUGAUCCCAGAGAACCGUCACGGAUUGAAGUCACGAUUAAGCCGUCUCCGCCCCCGCGUCCAACAUCACCGCCACCGUCUACUACGCCGAUUAAGCCGUCUCCGCUCCCUCAUCCUAAUACGCCGGUAACGAUGCCACCACCAAGACCGGCACCCGUGCAGACGGCGAUGUCGAAAGUUCCAGCAACUCAGGGUACAUCUGGCCUAUUCAAUUCGCUGAGAGGCGGUGCAGGUAGCAUCUUACGCAACUUGAAAGACACCUCCAGCAAGAUGAUGCACACCGUUCAACAGAGUAUGGCCAGGACGGAAUUAGAUGCAAGUUACCUAACAUCACGCAUACUUAUUAUGCCAUAUCCGGCCGAUGGGAUCGAGUCCGCCUAUCGGGCUAAUCAUGUAGAGGAUGUGAGAGCUUUUCUUCAUGCUAGACAUCCGCCACCCGCCAAGAUCCAGCUCUACAAUCUAUCUCGUGGUCGGCCAAACGUCUCACGGCUCCCUGGCAGGCAUAUUGAUUGUUCAUUUGCUUACGCUUCGCCGGAAUCGAACGCGCCCAUGCUGUUCGCUCUGUACCAGAUCUGUCAAGAUAUCUAUCAAUAUUUGAACGCUGACUUCAAUCACGUGGUGGUGCUGUACUGUACUGACGGGUAUCGGGCGAGCGCCACGGUAGCGUGCACUCUACUGAUCUACUGUAGGGCUUUGACCACUACCGACGAGGCGAUCGCCCUGUUCACUACUAGACGCUGUCAGCCACCGCAUCUGCAGCCCUCGGAAUUACGCAGUAUUAAUUACAUGAGCCUACUGAGCGGUGGCCGGCCUCCGCAUACGAAGCCGCUGAUUCUUCGUUCCGUUAUUAUACAACCAGUGCCGCUAUUCACCAGAGCGAGAGAUGGCUGCCGACCAUAUAUAGAGAUUUAUAGUAACGGCGCGUUGGUCUUCACGACAAAAAAAGCCAACUAUGAAGAAAUGAAAUUAUUCGGAAUGAUGGAAGGCAAGGUUUGUCUGAUAUUGGGAGAUGCGGCCGUACGCGGUGAUGUCACUCUAGUGAUAUACCACGCUAGGCAGCAGCUUGGCCGCGUGAUUGGCAUUAAAAUCGCCUCGGUACAUUUUCACACUGGUUACGUGCCCAUCACCGAGAGCACCAUGACGUUCGAGAAACGCGAUCUGGAUGAUGCACCUGAGAUCGGCGGCAAGUUUCGCAUUGUACUGAAUGUCAUGAUAGGCGAAGAAAAUUCGAAACUAUCAAGAGUGCCGGCACCAUGGGAAGCGGAAAUGUCCGUUAAGCCCAUGCCAGAUCCGCUGUUCGGUUCGACGCUGGAAAUGGAGGAAACUUUAGAGAACUUCCGGACCGUUCCUCGCUCGGAAGAGACUCAGAAAGAAUCAUCGAGCGAAACCGAUAAAAUAUCACAACACGAAGCAGUACCUCCACAGCUGGAACAAUCAAAGGAAGAAGAGUCAAGUAGGAAUGAAGAGAACAGCUUUCGGGAGGCAGAUUUGUUAAAUCUCGGCAUGCCGGACAAUAUCAAUAAUACCUCAAAUACUCCCGCCGCCACGGCCGCGGCGUCAAAUCCAGAAUUAGAUAUCUUUUCUAGUUCUAGUCAGAAUGAAAGCGAUCUCUUGGGCGGUUUUGGCAUCUCGGCGCCGCAAACCGAGGCCGCCAACUCAAUACCUUUAAUUAACAAUAGCGCCUCGACUGACUUAUUGUUCGGACAUAACGAUUCCAUGACGAGAAGUAGCAACACCGCUAGCAAUUUGAACAUGAACGACCUGCUGUUUGGGCAAAGUCAGACCACUUCGAGCAACGUUAAGGAGGUCAAUGAUUUUAUGUUCGAUCCAUUAGGUGGAAAUGCUUCGUGCAAUUUUCUUGGUGGCUUCGCUGCAGGCACAGCAAAUUCGAACAUCGCCAAAAGCCCGAGUGCUGAAGAGAGUUUCCCGCGAAAUGCUAGUGUGCCGAACUUUGCCGCUCAAACUAACAAGGAUCCGUUCGCCAAUUUAGCUGGAUCGCUCGGAGCCGGUCUCGCGGGCAGCUGGAACGGUACGCCAAGGAAUUCGAAUACUCCGCAGUCGGCGAGUCCGGCGCCCGCGAGUACGCCGAUCCAUUCCAGCCCGAACACGAUGCACAAAUCCAACGCAGCAACUAAUGAGACCAAUGGCGCGAACACCGGUGCUUCAGAUACAUUUGGCGGUAAAGCAAAAGAGAAGACGAGUGGCGAUGCGUUCGAAGAUCUGCUCGGUAGUCAAGGAUACAACUUCUUCAGCUCACGUAAGGCGGAGAAAGACAGUCCGAAGACAAUAAAUCAAAUGCGGAAGGUGGAAGCAGCCAAGUUAAUGGAUCCCGACAGGUUGAAAAUAGCUGAAUGGACGGAGGGCAAGAAGGGAAAUUUGCGAGCUUUGCUAUGCUCGUUGCACACGGUCUUGUGGCCGGAGGCUGACAGAUGGCAGCGUUGCGAGAUGCAUCAAUUGGUCACAGCUGCGGACGUCAAGAAAGCUUAUAGAAAAGCCUGCUUGGCUGUACAUCCGGAUAAGCAAGCAGGCACGGCAAAUGAAAAUAUAGCAAAAUUGAUUUUCAUGGAGCUGAACAAUGCAUGGAGCACAUUCGAGAACGAUGCAUCGCAGCAGAAUCUAUUUAGCUAAUUUUAAUAAUCGUUAUCUGUUAUCGAGAACCUGUCUCUGUAAUUAAUUUAGUUCCUAGCGGAAAGGGAGCUAAGAAUGGGGCGGGAUCUCGUAUCCGUGAGAUAACUGCAUCUAUGUAAUUGCAUUCCGACUACGUUAUUUUAGCUCUAGCGAGAAAGAGAAACAGUGAGAAAGACACCGUGUGAGAGAAAAAAAGAGAGAAAGAGAGAGAGAGAGAAAGUAAAGUCUUCAGAGGUGACAGCGGAUUCGGCAAAGCAAUGCUCGUCUCCUUAUUGUUUCAACGCCUUGUAAACCUAGUAAAAAUGCUCCCAAUUAUGGCAGUGCGGCGUAAUAUAUGUAUAUAAUGCAAAUGUACAUUAAAAAGAAGAUCCCAAAUAUACGAAGCUAUUUUCCGGCCGAAAA